AUGUCAUUCAAAUCAAAGGACCUCGCAUAUGAGGCGAAGCAGCCUGCCUUUUUACAGAGACUGAAGAACCAAUACGGAGAUACCUCUGGUCGCCUCGAAAGACCCAUUGCACGGCCGCGGAAACCGAGGGAAGACAAUGACGACGAUGGCCCUACCUACGUUGAUGAAGAGAGCAACGAGAUCAUCUCCAAGGAGGAAUAUGAAGCCUUAGUACGUGGGGAGGAUAACAAGGAUACUGAGAACUCCAAUAAAGAUACACAAGAGCCUGCGACGGGCGAAGAAGGUAAAACGAAUACUCAGGCCGAGGCACCUGUCUCCAAACAGAACGUGGCCGAAAUAGGAGGGCCACGGAAAAGGAAACAGGUCAAAGUAGUGGGAGAAGACACUCCUAGCGAAGAGACCGAGAAGGUACAGAAGAAAGAUCCAGGCACUCGGAAACCAAAGCAAAAGAAGAAGAUCAAGCUAUCCUUCGAUGAAGAUGACUCAUAA